AAGGGAUCCAUCAGCACUACCGUGUGAUCCUACUGGAUUUAGUACUGCUGUUAAUUAAGUCCCGUGUUACUUCUGCAACUUAGGGGUCUCGACGUGCCGAGCCCCUACGCCUUAGUCGAAGAUAUACAAGACGUCUACGGCCUGCAUCACAUUUAAUCUCUUCUCAAUUUCUACUUUUCAACUCGCCUUCUUUACCUUUUGUCGCCAUUGCUAUAUCCAGUACCAGCCUAGUAUCUCGUCGUCUCUCGUUAUGUCAGGAACAGCUUCUCCGCGCAGCGGUCGACCGCUGACAACAUCUUAUGUGGAUCUGAUGAAGCCUGAUGAGGACUGGAGGAAUCUACCUGAUGCAGCUGAGAGGAGGAAAAUUCAGAACCGUCUUGCCCAACGAGCAUAUAGGCGAAAUAUGAGAGAUCGAACCAAGGAAGUAGAAAGGUUGAAGAAGCAAUUGCAGCAGCUCCAGCAGUCUAUUAGUUCGGAUCCGUCAACUACGCCACCACCCGAGCAUGAGCUCCCUUCCGGUGGGAGGAGUCCAUCUAGCCUAGGAGAUAUCCACGCUCAUAAUGCCGACGCGGUAACAUCGGCAACGACGCCCAAUGGCUCCCGGCGGAUGAGCGAUUACCUGCAGUCCUGGCCUCACGCGUCGGGUACGGAACAGCUGAGCGGGCUGGGUCUCACUACGGAUGGAGAGAAUCCGCUCGGGUUCGACGCAGCAUCUUAUUUCUCCCAAGUUCACGGUUCUGACGACGUCGUCUCGGAUUUGCCUGUAACGGGGAGACGGGCGCGUGCUCUCACAACUAAUAUAUCCUCCGCACCCAUACAACAACAGCACCAUCUCCGGAGCCAUAGUAUACCCCCGAUCUACUCAUCUACUUGUGCCAGUCCUAUGUCAUGGGGACAAGGAGCUGCUGCGGAUAGUAGCGAUGGACUUCGUGUGUCGACAAGUUUCAACGUUUACAACAACCCGGAAGAGAUGUCCAUGUACCACGCGGAAUCGGCGUAUCCCCUCGAUGACAGCGUUGCGCACAGCGCCAACGCGUACGCGACAUCUCCCGAGUCAGAUCUUAAUAGCCCUGCGGGCUGGUCUCCGUUAGACCGAAAGUCGGGCCAUGCGGGGCGACCCAGCACCUCAUCUCUAGCAUCUGCAUUCCUGACAUCCGCCAGUAGCGUCGUGGACGGUAUGGCAGAUAUACAACAUCAGGGCUCAUCCUUUCCGGAGACUACGGCGCCAUUACUACACUUCGCCGUCGCGGGUGGCCAUAUCGAUACAUUACGGCUUCUCCUGCAGCGCUACGAUGUCAACGUGAAUAGCCGCGAUAGCGCAGGGUAUACGGCACUGCAGCGCGCUGUUAUGGCAGGGCGCACUGAUAUGGCGGCCCUACUACUCGAGCGCGGCGCCAUCGUCGACGGCGAUGAUAGUUGGACGGCGGAGCUUACAGGUCGCCAUUCCAAGAUUGAGGCCCAAUAACCUCAUUUACCCGUGGAUCUCGUUUGGUUACUACGGAUUCAUGAAUGCUCAUACGGAUUGGUUACGUGUGUGCCUAUUUCUGGCCUGUCACGCCUAAACGAUACAUGCUGCAUAUACGCACAUGGAUUGGUUGUACAGCACAAGCUUUGAAGCUCC